CUGAGCCCGGUCCCAGCCCCACUUCCUCUGGAGCACAGAGCUGAAAGGACAGCCGCGGAGCAGAGGGGAUAAACUUGAAUUAAAUAACGAUCUGCCAUGCUGCCCAGACUUCCUGUGUAUCUCCUCUUUUCUUUGCCAGUUCUCCUGGUGCAGGGCAGCACAACCAGUUCUUCCAAGAAUAGCACUGCUGCCCCACCGAGCCCUCCACCCCGCCCGCCUCCUCUUCUGGGUGACCCCACAUGGGCUCUGGGUCUGCGCCUGUACCAGGCCCUUCGCUCUGACUUGAGCUCAGUAAACACCCUGUUUUCACCUCUGCUUGUGGCCUCCUCACUCGGAGCGCUGGGUGGUGGUUCUGCAGGCACCACUGCCAGCCAGCUCCAAGACCUCCUUAAGACUCCUUCCCCUGCCAAGGCCGGAGCCCAGGCUGCGGAGCCUCUGUCCGGGGCAUUGAAGAGCUUCACUGAAGCCAAUGUGACUACCUUUCACCUGCACACUUCCUCAGCUGUAUUUUCUAAGCAAGCCCCUGCGGUCAGUCAGGCCUUUGUGAAGGACAGCCAGGCCAGGUUCAGGCUGCAGCAUCGGCCACUGGGGAAGGGAGACUCUAAGGCUGACCUGAAGCAGCUCCAUAGCUGGGCGAAAGCCGGGCUUGGUGGACUGGAAGGAGCUCCUUUGGAGGCAAAAAUCCAGGCUAAGGCCGGAGCCUUGAUACUGGCCAAUGCCCUGCAUUUUAAAGGGCUGUGGGAGAGAGAGUUCAGCGGAGAGAGCGCAGAUCGUCGUACCUUCUUGGGGAAGAAAUACACCAAAGUGAUGAUGAUGCACAGAGCAGGUUUGUACCGUCACCAUGAAGACGUGGAAAACAUGGUGCAGGUUGUGGAGGCGCCUCUGUGGGGAGGCAAGGUCAGCCUGGUGCUCCUGCUGCCCUUCCACGUUGAGAAUCUGGCCAGGCUGGACAAGCUGCUGACCCUGGAACUGCUGUCCAAGUGGCUGGAGAAGACCAAUAUUACCAGUGUGGCCAUCUCGCUGCCCAAAGCCAACAUCACCAGCACAUUAAGUCUGCAGAAACAGUUGUCUGCUCUGGGCUUGACUGACGCCUGGGACCAGAAGGUGGCCGAUUUCUCCGGUGUGUCUGGCAAGAGCAAAGGGAAGCUUCAUCUGGGUGGCGUCCUCCACUGGGCUUCCCUCGAGCUGGCUGCUCAGGCUGGGAGAGGAGAGUCAGACCUAGAGGAGGAGAAGGUAGAAAAGCCCAAGCUGUUCUACGCAGAUCACCCCUUCAUCAUCUUUGUAAGAGACAACGCUACCGGAGCCUUGUUGCUGAUGGGAGCUCUGGACCACGCAGAGGGAGAGGCCCUCCAUGAUGAACUGUAACACCCGCCAACAUAUGUCCUUUAUUCCUGUCUUUUUUUUUUUUUUGUCUCUGUCUCUUACACUCCUGCUCUCAAAGACAGCGCACCGGUAUCUAAGUCGAGACAUUGUCAUUCACUAUGGCACACUAUCAUAUCAGACUAUGUCUGGCUGUCAUACAUUGACACUGCAUAGUCUCACACUGACUGACACUGACACUGCCAUACCCGACACCUACACAGUCACACACACAGCGACACCUACCUUGCAUACAGAAAUGAAAAUACUGUAUAAGGAAAUACUAAAGUUGACGGUUACAGCAAAAGUACUAACUUAAAAAAACUCCCUGCUUUUUGUCUCUCCCACGCAUGCACACACACACACACACACACACGCACACACACACAUUCAAGGCCUCAAUGAUCAAGUCAACACAAAACAAAAUGACAAACAAGAGUGCACUGACAACACUAACAUGCUGACAAGCAGAAGUGGUUACACUGACACAACACUUACAGCAGCAUCAACAAAGAACUUUAACGAACAGAGGCUCACAGUGACACUUGAAUCCCUCGCUGUCAGGCAAACACUGGGGUAGGUGAGUGUGUGUGUGUGUGUGUGUGUGUGUGUG